AGGUAAUUUGAAUAAUUCCAUACCGAGAGUGGUGAAAAUUUGAACGAUUCAGGAACUGUUACGAGCGCAUCAAAUUAGCGAUUACCGUUGUAUAGCCGGAUUGCCAAUGCGGUUUUAUUAUUAACUACAAUUAUAGGCAUGGAUUCGUAUUAAAGUUCCCCCAAAUCGCCGUGAUUUCAUCUCCGUUUCGUCGCACCCGCACCUCGAACGUGGUAUAAAAUCCACCGGCUUCGUAACAUUAAGCUAUUUUAUUUCAGCCAAGACACGCAGCACUCGUGCCAAGUUGCUAAUGAUUCCGAAGGCAUUUCUCUUAACGAUGACGUUGGUAGGAAUUUUGAGCGAACCUCAAGGACCUGCCUAUCUUCCGCCUACAGCGACUGGAGCACGACCAGCUCCUGCUGCUGGUCAUCCGGACGAAUGGGCCGGUGUAACUGGCUUAAACUUUGGCCACCACGAGUCACGAAAGGACAAUGAAGCAACUGGAACUUAUCACGUGCUAUUGCCAGAUGGUAGAACACAAAUCGUCGACUACGUUGCCGACGGUGGUGGCUAUCGGCCAAUGGUACGAUACGAGGGGACGGCAACUUAUCCGGCUGCGGGAUCUGCUCCAAGGACACAGGCUGCUACCGCAGGAUCCACGAGUAACGAAGGAUACAGAUACUAAACAAUUACAUACAUCAACGUUGCUUUUUCAAAGCAGGUAAACGUGGACAUUCAACGAAUGACAGAGCCAAAAUUCGGCUAACGACACGACGUUCGUUGCACCAAUAAGACAAUGCAGCUCCAAAUGUUGAUUUAUAAAAUACGUAUACUUAGAAAGUGUAGGCAAGUUAUAUCUUACAAUAAAAGCUCCGAAAACUA